AAGCGCUCUCGUUCCAGCGCUUAAAGAGACUUCUGUGCACUUCAAAUCAUCUCGGUGAUCUCGAAGAUGAUCAGCGUUCAAGAUUCUAAGACGUUGUUCUCUCUGCUAAACGCUGAUCAACGGGCGUUCGAAGAAAUCAUUUCGGACUUUAGCUCUAAAUUUCAGCCAGAUAUGCAUUUCAGAGUCUGCUGCUCGCUCGCGGUUCUCUUAGAGGACAAAAAGAUGCUCAAACCCACUCAACGUUUGGUGGCAUUUGCUAUUCUCCAUCAGACUUAUUCUUCACAGUCAUCUUCAGCAAGCCCAUUUAUUUCUUUGCUUAUAAAUGCAGCAUGUGAUGAUGCAGCUGAGAAAAUGGAAAGGGCUUUUGUUCUUCAGUUGUUAGGUUCUGUUGUUGCCGAUAACAGCAAGGAGGUACUCAAGCAAUCAGCAGAAGAUUAUAUCAAAGGAUUUGACCCUUCAUCACAUGCUCUCCCGCAACGUGAACAGCUGGAAAAGCAAUAUUGUGAUGAAGUACAGCCAGAACCUUAUACUAGCUUAUUCAGGGUUGCUGCUGUCAAAAAUGUAAUUUCAGACCCUGAUGUACCUCGCGGUUGUGAUGCAAAUUCACCAGAGCUUGGAUUUACACCACCUGGCUCUAAACCAAAAGUUGGAUCUGGAGAUAGGGAUGAGACAGUGACUGGAUUGUUGCAAAAUUUGUCAUUGGAAGGAUUAAAUCCUCAGUGGAUCAGACCUCUUCCACCACGACUCCCAAUACAAGAUGGGGAGCUUGUGUGGCUGAACCCUGACAAUAACCAUGAGCUGUUAUGGGACUAUGGUAUGUGUGCUGACACUAGCAGAGGGGCUGCAGUUAGGGAGUUGAUUGCAAAAGCCUUGAGGGGACCACUUGUACCUGCACAACAGGAGCAAGUUUUGGUGGAGUUGGCAAAUGACCCGAAGCUCGUAUACCACUGUGGACUGACUCCACGAAAGUUACCUGAGCUGGUAGAACACAAUCCCCUUAUUGCUGUUGAGGUUCUUAUAAAGUUGAUGAAUUCUGCUGAAAUUUCAGAAUAUUUCACAGUCCUUGUAAAUAUGGACAUGAGUCUACACUCCAUGGAAGUUGUAAACAGGCUAACUACAGCGGUUGAUCUGCCCACCGAAUUUGUGCACAUGUAUAUCACAAAUUGUAUAUCAUCCUGUGAGAACAUCAAGGAUAAGUAUAUGCAGAACAGACUUGUCAGACUUGUAUGUGUUUUCUUACAAAGCUUGAUCCGAAAUAAGAUAAUCAACGUUCAAGAUCUUUUCAUUGAGGUGCAGGCCUUCUGUAUUGAGUUCUCAAGGAUUAGGGAAGCAGCUGGAUUGUUCAGGCUCUUGAAAACCUUAGAAUGAAUAUGAAUAAUCUCAAAUUUUGUUCUUUCUUUGUUUAAGUCGGCACAUAUUUCCUUCCCUUGUCUAAUUCUUCUAUAUGUUCUAUAAAUAAUGGCAUUUUAGAUAUCCAUAACCAAUCAUUCUGCCG